AAACUAAGACGCCAUGUGGGGCCGUAGGAAGGAAGAUCCCCCAUAGUUUUCAAUCUGAAGAAAAAAAAAAAAAAACUUAUAAAUAGAGUUCAAACACAACGCGUUAUAACAGUCUCAAUUUCUUUAUCGUGCUCGUAUAAUAAAAAUUUCAAAGCCAGCUGAAAGCACUAGCUAUAGUGUAACAUAAAUAUAUAUAUAUAUAUAUAUAUAUAUAUAAAUACAAAUUAAACAGAAUGGUUAAUAUAAGUCCUCAGAGCAGAGGACUGAUGGGACAAUUGAUGAUACGCUCCUUGAUUCUGCUAUCUCUUCUUGCUGUGGCUGUUGUUGGUGGCCGAACUCAGGUUCGACACUACAACUUCGAUGUAGAGUACAUUUUUGGGGCACCCGAUUGCAAGGAGCACGUGGUGAUGGGCAUCAAUGGCCAGUUCCCUGGCCCCACUAUUAGGGCCAAUGCUGGCGACACCGUCGUCGUUCACCUCAACAACAAGCUCCACACCGAAGGUGUCGUCAUCCAUUGGCAUGGAAUUAGACAGUUGGGUACACCUUGGGCAGAUGGUACAGCCUCAAUCUCCCAGUGUGCUAUAAACCCUGGGGAAGUAUUUACGUAUAGAUUCCUAGUUGAUAAGCCGGGAACAUACUUUUACCAUGGACACUACGGAAUGCAAAGAUCAGCAGGGCUAUAUGGGUCAUUAAUAGUUGACGUGGCAGAAGGGGAGAGGGAGCCUUUCCACUACGAUGGAGAGCUCAACCUCUUACUCAGCGAUUGGUGGCACCAAAGCGUUCAUGAGCAAGAGGUUGGCCUCUCUUCUGCGCCAAUCCGUUGGAUCGGUGAACCACAGAGCUUGUUGUUGAAUGGAAGAGGACAACAUAAUUGCUCAUUGGCAGCGCAUUAUAGUAACUCUUCGUCAAACAAGUGCAACUUAAAGGGUGGAGAAAAGUGCGCACCCAAGAUUCUGAAGGUGCAGCCCAAUAAGACCUACCGACUAAGAAUCGCCAGUACCACUGCUCUAGCCGCCCUCAACUUGGCCAUCGGGAAUCACAAAAUGUUGGUAGUAGAAGCGGAUGGAAACUACGUGCAACCAUUCUUAGUGGAUGAUUUAGACAUUUAUUCAGGCGAAAGUUACUCAGUCCUAAUAACCACAGAUCAUCAAAACGCUAGAAACAACUACUGGGUUUCAGUAGGAGUAAGAGGGAGAGAACCAAAGACCCCACAAGGCCUUACCCUCCUAAAUUAUCUCCCAAAUUCAGCAUCAAAACUCCCCGUUUCACCACCUCCAGUCACACCACAAUGGAAUGAUUAUAACCACAGUAAAUCCUUUACCAAAAAUAUUUUGGCUCGAAUGGGGUCCCCAAAACCUCCAACAACUUACAACCGUCGGAUCAUGCUCCUCAACACUCAAAACAGAUUAAACGGUGUAACAAAGUGGGCCGUAAACAAUGUCUCCUUAGUACUACCAUCUACCCCAUAUUUGGGCUCAGUUAAAUUUUUACUAAACCAUACAUUUGACCAGACCAGCCCACCAGAAAACUACCCAGCAAAUUAUGAUAUCAUGAAGCCACCUGUCAACACCAACGUCACCACUAGCAGUGGGAUCUACAGACUCCAAUUCAAUACCACGGUAGACAUUAUACUUCAAAACACCAAUGCUAUAACCCCAAAUGUUAGUGAAAUUCACCCGUGGCAUUUGCAUGGGCAUGAUUUUUGGGUCUUGGGUUAUGGAGAAGGUAAGUUUAAUUCGAAGAACGAUGAGAAAAAGCUUAACUUAAAGAACCCACCUCUAAGAAACACUGCAGUUAUAUUUCCAUGGGGUUGGACUGCACUUCGAUUUGUGGCUGAUAAUCGUGGAGUUUGGGCUUUCCAUUGCCACAUUGAGCCUCAUUUGCAUAUGGGAAUGGGAGCUAUUUUUGAUAUUGAAGGUCGUUCUGUUAAGGGCAUACCUAGUCAAGCUCUUGCUUGUGGAGCCACUGGAAGUUUGAUGGCCACCAAAAAUGGCAAGUAUCAUUAAGGUUUUGAUUAAUUAAUUCUCACUUUGUAUUAUACUAUGGAAGUAAUAUAAUACUAAGUGAAGUCAUAAUAAUGAUGAAGUGUGAAAAAUAAUUACUCACACUAGAAGAAAAAAUCAAGUGUGCAACUUAUUAAGAAAUAUGCUUUUGGUGAGUUUUAGAUAGAGCAUAGGGUUUUAAUUAAUAAUUUGUUUAAUUUAUUUUCGUGAGAUGUACUGUUUGUAAUCUUUUGUUACUUUUAUUAUUUAUUACCUUCUUGGUUGUACGUGUAUGAGUGGUCAUUUAAA